AAAAAAAUUACCCCCACUUUUCCCUCCUCCCCUUUUCCCCUCACCUCACUCGCAUAACUCCCUCACUCCCCCCGUUUCUUGAAAAUCAAAACACCCGCCGCCCUUGAGAGUCGAAACUCCUCUCCCCCAUACUUGUCACUCAUAUCCCCAUGAGGUCUCUGCGUUUGAGGUGUGAACCGGCAGCCAUCUCCGGAACGACGCUCGCUCCCCCCCUUCUGGUGUAACUCUUCUCAAUCGAAGCCCUGUCCAAGCGAUUUGAGGUUUCAAGCGAGGAGGCCCCAUCGUCGCGCACUUGUUUAGGACGACGAAGCUCACCAAUGGUGCGAACCCCACUGUCAGAGAUGGCGGAUCGGCUGAAGUUACACAUUCCGAGUGACGAGUAUUUCCCCGCGCAGUACUCUGUGUGUUCAGACUUUAGAAAUGCAGCCAAAUGGGUAAAAAAGAGGUUAACUGAAAGACAAAGGGAAGUGUUUAGGGAUUUACCAUGGGGGCAUCUGAUUGACAUCCCAGAGACAGACAAUUCUGGGCAAAUAUUGCACAUGCUGGCCUUACACCUAGUGAAGGAGCAACCGGAUGAUGAGCUGUGGUUUGCCAUUGGGGGUACACUGUAUAAGUUUACUUAUGUGGACUUUUGCUACAUAAGUGGAUUACCACACGGUGCUGAACCAGAACUUGAAGCAGCUGCGGAAGAAGAUUCUGAACAGGAUGGUGGACAUGAUUCUGGACACGAUUCUGCCGAAGAACAUGAACCAGUUGGGGCACUUGCUCAUAAAUAUUUGGGUGACAAAGUUGACAUUACCCACGUGACUUUCAAGAAUAGAUUAAAGAAUCUGAGGUUUUCCACACGUGCUGAUUCGAUGGAUGCUGUGAAGUUGGCCUCGUUGUACUACAUUGAGUGCGUUUUGCUAGCAAAGGACAACACUACGAGGAUAAAUGCAUCAUCAAUCAGAUUGGUGAAUGAUUUAGAGGCAUUCAGGAAGUGUCCGUGGUCACUUCGUUCGUACAAGAUAUUAGUGAAGCAUAUGAAGGACCUGAUGCAUGACCAACCUGAGAAGUUCAAGGAAAAAAAGCAGGCCAAUCCUAAUUAUAAGAAUGCGAAGUUAUCAUUGUACGGUUUUCCACUAGUUUUGCAGCAUGUCAGCUCUGUUCUUCCGCACCGUUCCUCAGGUGUAGUUGAAUUCGACAAAUUGACGUCGAAUCUCUACAAGCAUAAUCUCAACCAAUUUCCGGCGAAUUCCAAAGAUACACUCACAAUUCUUCUCCUCUUGACGUUAAUCUUCAAAAUUCUUGAUUGCAAAUAUGUUGCUUAUGCUUAAGGUUGAUGGCAGUUGGGACAACUCAUACGUUUUCUGUAACAAACGCUUUGGCUUAAUAGUACAUGACGGGACAUUAUAUGUUGACUUUGCUUCCAUGGUUUACUCAUGUAUUGGUGAAUCUGUUACCAAUACAAGGCUUAUAAUGUCUUACCUUGUAGAUUCAUGUCCACCUCCUGUUCUUGUUAAUGACGAUUCUAGCUUGGGAUUUUACUUGGCUUUAAAAAAAAUUGACAAUGACUAUGCUAAGUUUCCUUUGUGUGUUGAAUUGUUUACUGUCCAUUCUUCUGUAAAUCAACCAAUGUGUUGUGAGGCUUUUGCAAUUGAUCUUAAUAUUCCUUCCAAGUCAGCAGUGAUUAAUGUUCUAGGACAAGAUAUGUCUCCCAAUUUUCUUCCAAUUGAUCUCAAUGCUUCUGCCAGUGGUUCACUUGAUGCUUAGUCAAAUGGUAUUAGUGUUUCCGCUGAAUUUAGUCAUUCAAUCCCCAAUUGUAAUCAGUCAAUGCCUUUGGAAGAUACACAUUCAUAUUCUAAUCAAGUCUCAAAUUCAACUUGUCAUUUUGAUCAUUUGGAACAUGAUUUAAUAAUUUCUAGGAGUUCUACUGAUACUUCUUCAAGUGAAGCUAUUAAUUUGCAUUCAGAUGGUCAUUUUGAUUCAUUCUUUGUGGUUCCUGAUUUUAAAGUCAGUUCUCACUUCCAUCCAACUCAUAUAGCCAAACAUGUUGUAUACAAAACAAAAAGGCUUUGGAUUACCAUUUAAAGGUCUAUGCCAUUUCGAAUCAUUUUCAAUAUAAGACCAAAAAGUCAACCAAGAAAGUAUUGCAUGUUAUUUGUGUUGAUGUAGAGAAUUGCAUCUGGGCUGUUCGUGGAGUGAAGUUGUCUGGAAGUCACAUGUUCCAAAUUAGGAGGUUCCAUUCUGAUCAUACAUGCUCCAUUGACUUUAGACAAGGUCGACAUCGUCAAGCCACAUCUGGUGUUAUUGCAGAGCUUAUUGAUAGUAUAGAAUUGUUAUUAUUUAUGUUUGUAAUUUUAAUUAGUUUUAUUUGUUGUUGUUUGGGAAAUUACACACUUUUGGUGUAAUACUUUAUUUUUCCUAUUUUGUUUGUAAUUUGUUUAGAUUAGGUUUAUUCUGAGCUUUGACUAGGUGAAGAUCAUCAAGAGGAUCCUUAGAAAGGUCAAGGAAAGUGAAAGGGAACAAGAUAAAGUGAAAUUUUGGAAAAAUAGUCAUUUACUUGUUCGGGUAAAGCAUUUACCCGAUCGGGUAUUGACUUGAUCCGAAAAUCAAAUCUGAUUUGGAGGCAAUUUAACGUGCAGGCAAAAAUUUGGUAAAGAUUUGUCUUACUCAAGAAACCCGAUCGGAUUUCUCAAAAACCUGGUCGGGUAAAUGGCCUGACAGCUCCAAACACCUAUAAAU